AAAAACGUCGGUGGUGCAAUGUUUGACUUGUUGCCAUUCAUUGAAAACCCCUCUAUUCAUUUCACUUCUCAAGCAGUUCAGUUAUUCGCAAUUCCUUUUUCUCCACCAAAACUCAGUAGAUAUGUCCGAGCGCGUUGGGAAAGACCCUAUUUGAAAGAUUUGUUUCAUCGACGGAUGUUAGCUGGAGCUGAUCCGGUACUGAGCCGCUCGGUUUAUCCCAACUGGGAUUAUGAUUCUGAAAUAUAUGCUUUUGGUCAUCGAAUUGGUGCCCCAGAAACGGAUAGGGAUUUGUUAAUACGAGCUCUGACUGAUAGCUCUUUUUAUCAACGAGCUGAUGUCGCUGGGGAUUCGAUAAACGCUCAGCCAAGUAAAAAGGAAAUUUAUGAGCUGAAGGAGCAUAACAAAGAAUUUGUCCAAAUUGGUACUAAUCUGCUGUGGAAGUUUACAACUGCUUAUUUGCGAUAUGGGUUUCCGAAUGCUCCAGAAGAGCUCAUUCACACAGUGGCUCUGAAACUAACUGCUGAUGAACAGAUUGCAAAUUUAGCCACUUCUUUAGGUGUUAAUAAUUUAAUUCGAACUAUGGAAUUCCCUGCAUCAGCAGCAUCUUUAUGUAAUGCAUUUACAGCUCUCAUUGCAGCAUUACCUCAUAAUAGGGCAAUAGCUCUGGUUCGAAAUGUGGUAAUAACUCAGUUAAUUGAUUUGGAUCUCGAGGCAUUGUUUCCAUUGGCAGAGCCGCUGCGUGUACUUCAAUACUUCAUGGCAUCAAAAAGUGAUGUGGAACUUGAACCUCGUCUUUUGUAUUCUGCCGGUGAAAUUAGUGCUGAGCCGGUGUUUAUCGCUGGAAUUUAUGCAAAUAAAAAGUUGAUUGGACAAGGUUUAUUAAACUAG